AGCGGCUCAAGCAGCUGGGACCACCGGAAAACGUCGGCGGUUCCAGCAGCUGACCCCCGAUCCAUUGAAGUCAUGCAGGCGCCAAACGCGGUGGCGGUGUUGGUGUUGCUGGUGACAUGUCUCUGGUCCAGCAACUCCCUGAAGACUUUCGAGGCGGAGGAGGUGGCGGAACGACCCGUCACCAAGGUCUUGAACCUCCUGCAGGGCAUGAAAAAGCAAUUGGAGACCGAGGCGGAAGAAGAAUCGGAGCUCAUGGAGAAGUUCAAUUGUUGGUGCAAGGAGAAUGGCGAGGGGAAAGCGACCUCCGUGGAGGCAGCUGAAGCAAAGAUCAAGGAGAUGGAGGCGAAGGUGGAAGAAUUGACCGCCAGCAGCUCUCGCUUGGAAGUGGAGUCCAAGAACCUGGAGAAGGACAUGGAGAAGAAGGAGGUCUCGUUGGAGGAGGUCAUUGCUCUUCGGAAAAAGGAACUGGCGAAGUUCGAAGAAGACGAGACUGAUUUGAAGAACGACAUUGGCAGCGUGAAGGCUGCGACCAAUGUCGUGGCGGAAGGUGUCUCCUUGGUGCAGCGGCCUGGCAAGAAGAGAGCUAUCUCAGAAACCUUGCGAAGGAUUUUGGAAAGGCGUGCGGGUGACCUGAGUGCGGACGAUGGACGCCAUGUGGCCAUGCUCCUCCAAGAUGAUCCCGGCGCAGGAAGUGUGGAAGGUGUGCUGAAAGAUCUGAAGACCGACUUCCAGAAGAACCUGGAAGAACUCCAGGACAGCGAGAAGACCAACGAGGCCGAGCAUGAGAAGUUGGUGGCUGCCAAGAAAAAGGAGAUGGACGCCGUGAAGGCUCAGAUGACUGAAAAAGAGGAGCAGAAAGCUGCCACAGAUGAGGAACUCUUUCAAACGAAGCAGGCGGUGAAGGAUGCCCGAGGCUCCGUGGAUGAAGAGAUCGCGUUUGCCAAGCAGGUGAAAGAGAAGUGCGCCGUCAAGGCGAAGGAGUGGGAGAAGCGACAGAAGACUCGGGCCGAAGAAACCCUGUCGGUGUCCAAGGCGAUCGAAGUGCUGGGCGAUGACGCGGCUCAUGAGGUCUUUGGAAAGACCAUGUCUUUCCUUCAGGUCUCUAGCAGCGAUGCCCGGGUUCGCCGGGCCCAGCUCGCAGCGCUUUUGUCCAAGGCUGGGCUUUCAGGCCGCGAUGAGCGAUUGAAGACCCUGGCCUUGGAAGCGAAGCUGGAUAGCUUCACGGUGGUGAAGGAGAAGAUUGACACAAUGGUUGGAGCCCUCAAAGAGGAGCAAGCCUUGGAGGUCAAGAAGAAAGACUACUGCGUGGAUGAAUUCCAGAAGAAUAAGUUGGCCAGUGAGAAGAAGCUGCGGCUGGCGUCCAAUUUGGAUGCCCAGAAAGAGGAGCUGAAGAUGAAGAUGGAGACGGCCACGGAGGAUUUGGCCACCUUGCAGAGUGACAUCAAGGAGCUGCAGAAACAGCAAACCUUGGCCUCUCAGAACCGGGAGAAGGAGAACUCGGAGUUCCAAAAAAUCGUCCAAGAGCAGAGAACGACUCAAGACUUGCUGAAGAAGGCCUUGGGUAUUUUGGGAGACUUCUACAACAAGCAACCGGAGUCCUUUUUGCAGAAGGCAUCCGUCCAGGGGCCGGAUGAGCCAAAGACCUUUGGGAGCUACAAGAAGAGCAGCAGCAACAACGGCGUCAUGAUGAUGCUGCAGCAGCUCGUGGCUGAGGCGAAGGAGAUGGAAAAGGAGACCACUGCCGCUGAGGCCGAGUCUCAAGCAGACUAUGAGGCCUUCGGAAAGGAGGCCAUCCGAACCUUGGAGAAGAAGGCCAAAAGCAUGGCCGACAAGGAGGAGAAGAAGGCCAAAGCGGAGGAGAAGCUGUUGGAAACGAAGAUUAGCCGAAAAGGUGCGAAAGACGACCUUGAUAGCCUCGAGGGCACCAAAGCGGAGUUGCAUGAGAGUCCCGGCCUCAAUGUCCAAAUCGUUUGAUCUCUCGCUGCCUCUCUGCCUCUUGCUUCUUUGGCAUUUUCAGGGUUCCGUCUCCCCGACCCACGCGUCUUUUAUUGGCCGAACAUGCCACACCGGUGGGCGGAUCCGUUUCGGUCUACCCGCGGACCGACCCGCGGACCGACCCGCGGGUCGGACGAUUUCGUCCCUAAGUCGACCCGUCGGACUCGUUCAGCCUGCGACUUCACCUUGGAGAACUUCGAUGCUCGGCAGAAGGCCCGGGCUGAAGAGGUGGAGGCCCUGAAGCAGGCCUUGUUCUAUCUCUCGGGAGCAAAGCUUUGAGUGGGGAGAACCAGUGGACGUUGGGCACCCAAAACCCUGCAAGGAAGAAUGGAUAGCGGUUCCUACCGCCAGGCAGCGAGGAUGGUUCGUCGCGAAGUAGAGAGUAUAUGUCUUUAUUGUUCAAUUAUUUAAAAAGACAUUAUAAAACGUAUACAGUGUACAGUAUAGUCAUAGUCUUCGCAUGCUCAUUUGGCCAGAAGGAUGCCUAUCCAGAAGGCAAAACGAUAAGGAAAAAGAUCCAUGGCCAUCCAGAAGCACCGUGAGGAUCUUUUCCAAGCUACUCUGAUCUCAGUGAACAAGGUAGACAACAACGGCCAACAAUGGAAAUCCCCCUUUAACCAAGGGGCCACGUCUAUAGUCUAUUUUUACCAAAGGGGACCGACUCCGUGUGGAUGAUACCCAAGGGUAUUGCCAUUGCUUUUCCAAACAGCGGUCACUUCCUUGGAAUGAAAACAGAAUUCAAAACUGUAGCACCCGGUCACCCCGCCGCACCUCUUGGUUGGCGCGCUUGAGACAUGUCCCACCUCCGCCGGCCGAUGAACACCGCGUGUCCCGCGGCGCUCCGCCGGAGCCAAAAGAAGCAGCGGAGCCGAAGCAGCCGUCGGAUGAAGACCGGUGAAGACAUCCGAAAGGAAGAUAUGAUCGAUGAUCAUCCGAUUCAUCGGUCGAGACCUGCUGGUGAUGAUCAUCAAGGGCUUGGUGACUGCGGGUGAUUCACACAGAAUCCUUGGGUAACUUGAUUCACACAUCGCCACGUGGCAUGGCGGACAGGAUAUGCCAUGUGGUUUGUUUACUCACUCUCUUGCAGGUUUGUUGUUAGUCGGC